AAUGGUGCUUUGGCGCAAUCGGUACUUAGUAGAAGUCCAGUGAAUCACAGCUGUGAGUAGUUUUAGUGGAUGCGUUACAGCCAGCCCGCGGAACAAGAAGUGAGGAGAAACACCUGGUUCAGGUUACGGAAAUAACAGCCAAGUCAGAGUUCCGCAUAAUUUCAACACUGAAAGAAUUUGACAGGACAAAGUGUCCUCGGUGUGUUUGUACAGAGGACAGCAGCUGGAAGGCGAUGGGAAACUGGGAAAGCUUCAGACGAGACGACAGGGAGUCCAGAAAGGAGCCGGUUGGAAAAGAGCCCAACGUACCAGAAAUUACAGUGGCUGAAGCGUCGCCGCUCGCUCCAGAGACAUCUUUCUUUAGCGUACCCGGGCCUGCACACACCGGUAGGACGGGGCAGGUACUUACUGCUGCUGAGCAGCAGGCUGAGUCACAGGAAAGCCUGAGCGCAGCAGAGGGGCUUAGUGUGACCAUGUGCAGAAAGUCUGCAGAGUCCCAGCACAGCUCUCCCUUUGGCCCGCCGGAGUCACAGGAGGAGGAGCGCGUAGAUACGCACAGUUUGUCUGGAAGCGACGAUAACAGCACCCCGAGAGGGAGUCGCAAGCAUUUCCUAGAGGUCAUGAUGAACAGCUCCCCAGGGAUUCGGCGCUCUUUUUACCUGUCCCCCAGGGCUGAAGCUGACUCCACCUCUAUGGUUUCCUCCACCCUGGACGAAGACAGGACAGCUGUAGCCUUGGAGCCUAUGGAGCACGAGUGGAUGAUGUGCGCUUCAGACGGGCAGUGGAGCAGCUUGCAUCGCCUCCUCACCGCAGAACCCAGCCUCAUCCUGAAGAAGGAUUUUGUGACUGGCUUCACCUGCCUGCACUGGGCCGCCAAGCACGGCAAGCCUGAGCUCAUAGCCAUGAUUAUUAAUUUUGCCAAGCUGCACAACAUUUCUGUUAAUAUUGAUAUUCGAACCAGCACCGGCUACACACCUCUGCACAUCGCCGCCAUGCACGGUCACGUGGAGGUGGUCAAGCUUCUGGUUAGAACCUACAAUGCAGAUGUGGAGAUCAGAGACUAUAGUGGGAGGAAGGCCUGCCAGUACCUCACCGACAACGUGAGCGUGGAGAUACGGAGCAUCGCUGGAGGCUGUGAGUGCUCUGCAGGUGAGAACUCUCAUCCCAGGGACGGAAGACGCUGGAGGAUCUCUAACAUGAAGCCCCUCAGCCAGCUUAACUCCAACGAUUGUGCUUCUGGGGACAGUGAGGGCCAACCCAGGGAAAUGUCCCUCUGGAGGAAGUCCUCACUGAGCAGGAUGAAGCCCAAACUGCAGAAGCUUCGUGACAGGACAUCCCAGAUCGUCCACAGCACUUCAUUCAAAGAUAAAGAGCAACAGGGAGGGUCAAAGAGAGCCUCUAGAUCCAGAGCCAGGAGCCACUUCUUUGGGUCAGAUCAGUACUGACCCAGGAUGUGGUGGAGCACUACGUAUAUCUCCCAGCUUAUUUUCAUUCAUCGUUAUUGCAAACGACCUUUCAGUGCAGUGUCUGCUUGACUUGACUGAACAUCGUGUUGAUUCAAUGGGAACGUGAAAAACAUGCUUUACUAGCUUUGGAUUAUCAGACAGGAACUUCUCUGUGUGGUGAAUAUAUGAAGCAGCUUUCAUGGUUACUGUGGCCCGCUGAAGGUUGUGGGGUCAGUGGAGGUGGACAUGAGCGAGUGUCCUUUUAACAGCUUUUCUCUCCUUUUAGUUUUCUUUAUGAAAUAAACUAAGGGAACAGUAAUGAUCAGCUCCAUGAUGUACAACAAACGCACACUGUGUGUUCACAACAGUAACUCCUAUUAGCCUUUAAAUCAGAUCACAGACGGUGAGACUCCCUCUGCAGGCCAAGCUGGGUAUUUUUAUCCAUCCACAGCUGACACUAAAGCCCGUGGACCUUAAGUCAGUAAUCCGCCUGCAGUGAUCCAGAUUACUGUGUCACGAGGCUGUGAGGGAGUGUAAGGUGACAGAGAAGCUCUGGCAAAGUGUGAGCACUUUGUGUGACCGCUGAGCACUGAGUGCACGUCACGUGAUCCGUUUGGUUUACUGUAUGUGAGGACAGCAGUGCUGAGGUGGAGGCACAGCAAAGUGGAACAGAGGCUGACGAGCCACGCAUGUACUAAACGCCCUGCUUCACCUUCUACUCACACCCGGCAUCUCAUUUCUGGGAAAACCUUCUCCCUGAUGUUGUGUGGAUGUAUGGAAGUUUUGUUUCUCAUCAGUGUGUAAAGAAGCACUUCUUCUCUUAGCUGCACGUUUAAUCGUUAACAGCUUGCACUUCAGCAUUUAUUUUUGCACGUUUACCUGGUUUAAUGACACCAUUUGAAUGUUUGUUUUACUUAUUAAAUAAAACAUCUGAUUUAA